AUGGCACCGAAAUCCCAGGAUACCAACGGAGAUGGACUUAAGCAAAAGAGCCUCAUGGGUUGGUUCGGAAAGCCGAAUGCUUCUAGUCAGACUUCGUCUCAGCAGAAAUCGCAGAAAAUCAUAUCUUCUCAAACGCAGAGCGCGAAUAGAAAGGCAAUCGGCGGAUCCAAUGGAACAGCAGAGAAGGGUGGAAAUGUAGCUAAAAUGGAGUCUACAAUGCGACCACCAAAGCUUGCAUCCAGUACACCUGGCACGAGCUCGACCGGUGCUCUAAGCUCGUCUUUUAAGUCAUCGUCCGAUCCUCCGAACUCAGGUGAUACUCUUCCUACCAGUGACGCGAUUGACGUGGACAUGCAAUCUGAAGACGAAGUAAAGGUGUCCAAUGCUAAAACUGCAAAGCGGAAAAUGUCAAUUAUUGACUCUGAUGAUGAGAAAAUCAGUAACACUACUCGUUCUGCACAAGCUUCUUCGGAAAAGGAUCCUUCCAGCCCAGUUCUCGGUGCUCGCUCAAAGAAGCCAAGGGUAUCAUUGUUUGAGUCGGACGAAGAGGUAGAAGACACUCGGGGAACAUUGGGAAAGCGUUUGGCUCGGUUCAGGAAACCGGGUGCGGCGAAAAAGAAAACAACAAACGGCUAUAACUCGGACUCAGAUUUCGCUCCAGCAGAAGAAUCAGAUGCUGAAGCGCCUCUUACCUCAAAUCGCGGUUCUUCGGUUUCUGGGUCUCGCAGCGAGCUCGAGUCCUCUGCAGUGGAGCUAGAUUCAGCUGACGAACUCUCAGACGCUCCGAAACCUAAGAAGAAAAGCGGAAAAUCCCACAGGCCCGCUUUGAAGAAGAUGCAAUCAAGUGAUGCAGUGCGAUCGGGUGGCAGCAGCACCUUUUUGACGGCGGCUGAGCAAAGAGCAAAGGACAAGAAGGAAGAAAAGAAAACGACUGAUGAUCCAUUCGAUUUCCUGCGGGAUGUCCAUGAUAAAGACGGAAAUAGACCAGGAGAACCUGGAUACGACCCCAGGACGUUAUAUAUCCCAAAGUCUGCGUGGAAGACUUUCACUCCCUUUGAGAGACAGUUCUGGGAGAUCAAAGCAAACCAUUAUGAUACUGUAUUAUUCUUCCAGAAGGGCAAAUUCCUCGAGCUGUAUGAAGACGAUGCAAGGAUUGGGCAUCGCGAAUUUGACCUAAAGCUGACAGAUCGAGUAAAAAUGUGUAUGGUUGGCGUACCUGAGGGCCACUUCAACACUUGGGCAGCAAAAUUCCUCGCUAAAGGGUACAAGGUUGGACGCGUAGACCAAGCGGAGACAGCGCUGGGAGCUGAAAUGCGAUUGGCGGCUGAUAAGAAACUUGACAAGCCAAAGAAAGAAGCUGGUGAUAAGAUUGUCCGACGGGAACUAAACAAAGUUUAUACAAAUGGAACUCUGGUCGAUGCGGAACUUAUCGUCGACGAUCAAGCUGGACAUUGCGUGUCGAUCCGCGAGCUCGACCCGGAUUCCGACAGGGGUAGCUUUGGCGUUUGCGUCUUGGACUCCUCAACUUCCGAGUUCAACCUAAGCGCAUUUGGCGAUGACGCGUGUCGGACGAAGCUUGAGACGAUGUUAAGGCAGCUUAGGCCAAAGGAGCUCUUAUUCACCAAGGGUAAUCUUUCUGUAUCCACCACACGUCUAUUGAAAGCUGUUCUCCCGGGUUCCUGCAUCUGGACCGGGCUGCGAGAGGUUGAGGGAUUCGGGUUCAAGGAAACGAUGGACGAGCUCAAGAAUCUCUAUCCGGACGGUGAAGACGACAUGGAAGAGGGAGCAAACAUUCCAGAUGCCAUCAAAGAAAUGUUAACGUCCGAGACGGCGGUGAUAGCACUCGGCGCCAUGAUUUGGUAUCUGCGACAGCUGAAUAUCGACAAGGACAUACUUAGUAUGAAGAACUUCAACAUUUACGACCCUAUGAAGAGGGGUCAAGGAUUGGUGUUGGACGGACAAACACUCGCCCACGUUGAAGUGUUACAAAAUAGUGAGGGUACAGAUGAAGGUUCUCUCCUUAGGAUCCUGCAGCGCUGCAUCACUCCGUUCGGCAAACGCUUGUUUAGAAUUUGGCUUUGCGUGCCCCUCCGAGAAGUCUCCGCGAUCAACGCUCGACUUGAUGCCGUUCAAGACCUGAUCGAUCAUCCAACCUUCGAGCAUGAUUUUACUCAACUUGCAAAAGGAAUUCCGGAUCUCGAGCGUAUCGUUUCACGCAUCCAUGCUAAGAACUGCAAAGUCAAUGACUUCCUCAAGGUUCUCUCCUCCUUUAAGCGACUUAGCAACGGAUUGGAGUCGUUGUCGGAAACUGCAGAUACAUUUAAUUCAAGGGAGAUUUCGGGCUUGCUCAGAUCAGCACCAAACCUCAUCCCGAAUAUCAAGCACGUCGAGAGUAUGUUUUUGCAACCCGAAGGAGGGCCCGAUCUCCUGCCGAAGAACGGCAAGGAUGAGACAUAUGAUGGUAUCGAAGGGGAAAUACAAGAAAUUGAAGAGUCACUCGAUGCAGAGCUGAAAAAACUAGAGAAAAAGCUUGGAUGCAAACUGAGCUACUGGCACAGCGCCACCGGGACAAAGGAUAUUUAUCUUGUCGAAACGAAAGCGUCCGUAUCGAAUGUUCCCAAGAACUGGAUUAGGCAAAGCAAAACCAAAGCUGUAUGUCGCUGGCAAGUGCCAGACCUAGCACAAGCGAUCCGUCAGUUAAAAGAAGAACGGGAAAGACGAACUGCCGCAAUCAAAGACUUCAAAUUCCGCGUAUUCGCUGAAUUUGAUAAGGACCGCGAUGUCUGGCUACGAGCGAUUCGCACGCUUGCUGAGCUCGACUGUCUCUUCAGCCUAGCAAAGAGCUCACUUGCUAUUGGAGAGCCAGCCUGUCGCCCAGAAUUUGUCGAAGGCGACGGAGCGGGUGCCCUGCUGGACUUUGAAGAGUUACGGCAUCCUACUAUGUGUUUGAAAGCCGACAACUUCAUUCCAAAUGACGUGAAACUAGGAGGUGGCGUUGGAAGAGUGGCAUUAUUAACUGGUCCUAACAUGGGAGGCAAAUCAACUGCGAUGCGUAUGACCGCGGCAGGAGUCAUCAUGGCGCAACUCGGCAUGCUUGUACCCGCCAGGCGCGCUCGCAUCUCUCCUGUUGAUGCAAUCUUAACUCGAAUGGGUGCAUACGAUAACAUGUUUUCCAAUGCGAGCACCUUCAAGGUCGAGUUAGACGAAUGCUGUAAAAUCCUUCGAGAAGCGACUCCUCGCUCUCUAGUUAUUUUGGAUGAACUUGGUCGUGGGACAUCAACCUACGACGGCAUGGCAAUUGCCGGGGCUGUCCUUCACCAACUAGCAACGCAUACGCUUCCACUUUGCUUUUUUGCGACCCACUAUGGAUCACUCACAGAUGACUUCGCAUAUCACCCUAAUAUCCGCAACAUGCACAUGUCAACCAUCAUCGACGAUGAGAAAUGCGAGCUUGUUUUCUUGUACAAGCUCGUUGAAGGCGUUGCGGCUUCUUCAUUUGGCACGCACGUCGCCAACCUCGCUGGCGUACCAAUGGACGUUGUGAAACGCGCUGAAGUCAUCUCGACAGACUUUGCGCGUCAGUUCAAAGAGCGUAUUGAAGGGAAGCGGACCUCAGUACUCCCGCUUACUGCUCAGGCAGAUUUCGCGUAUCUGUAUCGCCUUGCUGGCGGGAGCAAGGGGCUACCUGAAAACAAGGUAAAGCGAAUGGAAGUCCUACGGUGCUUAAAGGGUGCUGUUCCGCGCUAUCUACAUGCGUCCGCUUGA